AUGUUCCUGCUUCCGGUCCUUCUCGGUCUCGCCUUACCAAACCUCUUCGUCUAUACUACAACUCUAUUAGCAGGCGGUAUCGUGAUCACCUGGGACGAAGCUACUCACAGCCUCGAGAUCGUACGCAACGGCUCAGCGCUUGUCGAGGACGGCACAAUCACUGCUGUUCCCUCAGCGAACACAACACGUCUCUGGUCACCACCCACGCCAACGGUGGCGUAUACGGCAGUCCCAACUUCCUCUCUUGUCUUGGACACACUCGGUUUCCUCAAUCAAUCCAUCUCGCUCAUCUUUGCACAUGCAUCCUACCUAAACGUUGCAGACGCCCAGCUGCUGCGCUAG